ACUCAGAAGAGUACUCACAGGACAUAUAGAGGAGCAUUCACAAGAACAUACAGAGGAGCAAGAAUAUAUAGAGAAGUGGACACAUACAGAAGAAUAUUCAUGGAAAUAUACAGAAAAGCGAGAAUAUACAGAGAA